UCGCGGCCUUCAGUUCAAGCUGAGACCCGCGAACGCCAACACGCUUUCGCGACGCCCACUCUCGCAUCGCACCGCCGAGGAACAACACGCGAUAGUGUUCACUUGUGAACGAGUUGCGCGCCCUUUCUCUCACGCAGUGUGAUCGUGCUUCGGUACGUGAAUGCAAAACCGGACUACUCUCUUGGCACGAGACAGCACCGACAAGGAAUCCGCAGCGGAUUGUACCUCUGAAAUUUUUCAAUAGUCGCCGAGGACUGGCCUGCCACUCGCCCGGACCCCGCCACUGGCCUGCGGGGACUCAUCGACGACGUCGCGAUAACAACAAACACGUAGGCAACAGGAGAUCCCCGGAAUGACGGCUACGCACGGCGGCGGACGUGAAGAUGAUCGUCCGGACAAGGAUUCCGUAUACACGAUCAAGACAGGAUUUAAGAACGACGGCUACCAACACGACCGCGACUCGAACGAUGACAUUGUCAAACCCCCACCGCUACCCGCUGAAGACGACAACUACAUGUCUGGAAAAGUUAAAUUAAGCGUUAACGAAAAGUGGAGAAUACUCAAGAACAUUGCAGCAGUCAGUGCAGCGUUUAUGAUCCAAUUCACCGCCUUCCAAGGAACUGCCAACUUGCAGUCCUCAAUAAACGCCGCAGAUGGCCUCGGAACAGUUUCACUCAGUUCGAUUUACGCGGCGCUCGUCGUCUCUUGUAUAUUUGUACCGACAUUCCUAAUUAAGAGGCUAACGGUCAAAUGGACCCUGUGCAUAUCCAUGAUGUGCUACGCCCCCUACAUCGGAGCGCAAUUUUACCCAGCGUUCUACACUCUCGUACCAGCAGGUGUAGUGGUCGGGUUAGGAGCAGCGCCUAUGUGGACUUCAAAAGCCACAUAUUUGACGCAAGCAGGAAGUGUCUACGCGAAGCUGACUGACCAAGCCGUUGAUGGAAUUAUAGUACGAUUCUUCGGCUUCUUCUUUCUGGCUUGGCAAACAGCUGAGCUUUGGGGCAAUUUGAUCUCUAGUUUAGUAUUUUCUUCGGGAGUCCAUAACACCAGUUCGACAACCGACAACUCGAGCAAGACAGUUUUAACCUGCGGGGCCAACUUCUGCAUGAUCGGUGGUGGUCACCAUGACAACCAGAACCUGCACCGGCCGCCAGACAGCGAGAUAUAUGAGAUCAGUGCCAUAUACCUUGCCUGUGUCGUCGUUGCCGUACUCAUGGUGGCACUUCUAGUUGACCCCCUGUCAAGGUAUGGUGAAAAGCAAAGAAAGUCGGACCCUUCAAAGGAACUGACGGGAAUCCAGCUGCUGUCUGCAACCGCCUACCAGUUAAAGAAACCAAACCAACAGUUGUUGAUCCCUAUUACAUUAUGGAUCGGAAUGGAACAAGCUUUCAUUGGGGCUGACUACACACAGGCCUAUGUCUCCUGUGCGCUCGGCAUCCGUUCAAUUGGCUACGUGAUGAUCUGCUUUGGGGUAGUCAAUGCCAUCUGCUCACUCGUCUUCGGAUCUGCCAUGAAGUACAUCGGCAGAUUCCCGAUACUUGUGAUGGGAGCUGCCCUCCACUUGGGUCUCAUCGUCUGGCUUCUGAUCUGGAAACCAAGCCCCGAAUCCCCAACGACUUUCUUCAUCAUCUCUGGUCUUUGGGGCGUUGGUGAUGCUGUAUGGCAGACUCAAAUCAACGGAUUGUACGGUGUUUUGUUCAGACGUAACAAAGAGGCUGCGUUCUCCAACUACCGUCUUUGGGAGUCUGCUGGGUUCGUGGUCGCGUACGCGUACUCCACACACCUCUGCGCCAGAAUGAAGUUGUACGUCAUGAUGGUGAUGCUCCUCAUUGGGGUAGCUGGAUACAUCGUAGUCGAAAUACUGCACAAGAGAAAGGCUCGUCGUCUGAAAGCUAUCGCUGAAGACCCAGCCAUCGCUGCCGAGGCCGCUAAACAGCCACCAGAAGAAGACGAUGAGAAGGAUGAAAUUGAUGACGAAAUCAUCAUCACACAUCUGUAAGCCAUUACCGACGGAUAGCUGCGUACAGCGGCACAGCCCUACGCUCAGCCCCCUAAAUUAAUAAACGAUGUCUAAAUUCCAAGAAAUACAAAGCCUCAUCAUCCCCGGCUGCCCCUCCCCCUCACACGCACAUACAUAAUUUUGCCAUACUUUUAGGUAUGUACAAAAUCAAAAUGACAUCCAUAUUAUAAUCUCGAAUGUAAUUAGUGCUAUUUAUGUAUCCAAUAGUUAAGUUACUAUAAGUUGGAAGAAGAGUGAAAAAUUUAAAAGACUUUACAAGUACAAACAUGUGGUGAAACCGGAAUACUGUUAUUUGCUGCUAUUGUUACUGAUGACAACUGUAACGAGUGGCGAGGCCCAUAUUCUAACUAUAAACUAAAUAGGAAUCUCAUUCACUGUGGUGCUUCGAAGGUACAAAUCCGUGUAGCGGAGGACAAAAUAAUCUCGUAAUGUUUAUGUUCGUAUCUGUUUUUGGUAAAAUUCAAGUUAUAAAGUACACUAUGUGGGCCGAUUCUUGAGACAAACACUUCUGACAGUCUUUGUUAAAUGCUAUCCAGAUAUUAUAAUUAUAAGUAGAUUUUUUUAAACUGUGAGACGAAAACAUUAUGCCAUAGAAAAAUUUAUAUAAUCGGUUACAAAAUAAAACAUAAAAUCGAUUGUUAUAUUUCUUUUACAAGAAUACCGAUAUCAAUGUUUUUAAAUUUAUAAUUUGCAAAUGAUUGUUAUCACCUGCUCUAUUCGUAGAUUGUCCAACGAAAGGAGGCAAAAUUUAGAGGCAGAACCGUUGUACAAUGGAGCCUUGUUUUUAUUAAACCCAUUGCUAAACAACGUAUAUUUCUUGACUCCGUUGUCUUAAAAUCUUUUUAAUAAUGUACAUGGUUUAUUAGAGCCUGGCUACAAUUUUAUGUUCGAAUGACAAUGAUAUUGAUUGUAAGGCUUGCUGCACAUAGGAAAUAUUAUAGUUUCUACUACGAGUUCCACACUCCAUGGUGAAAUUAUGAAAUUAUAAUCAUUUUGCUCGAGUGCAACCAGCCUUACAAACUCUCUCAGCUAGACUUUAGUGAUUUUAAAAGUAAUGUCAAAAAUGUAAAAGGUCUACCUUUGUAAUUCCAAGUACUUACUGGCAUAUAGUGUGCAGGGUUACGAUACUUUUUUAAUGUACGUUGCCCACCGCAUAUUUGAUUAACUUAACACAAUACCCGGUAGUGAACAACUUAUUGUAAAUUUUCAGAAAGACGUACAAAUUAUUAAAUUAUUGAUAUUGUGACAUUUCGGUAAAGCAUAUAAUAAUUUAUGAUCAACAAAAUUCUGUGAAGUUAAUUUAUUGGUUAAAAAAUACAUUUAUGAGUUUUCAUUUGGCUAGAAUGUCACCAGAUGGCGUUACUUGUGGUUUCAAAUCACGAUUUCGCAAUCUCUCGAGAAUAUAAAAACGAUGAAAUAAACAUUUAUUAUAAUAUAAAUAAAUAAAUGAGUACACGAACAAUUAAAUGAGUAAAUGGUGUAAAUACAUCACAAGAAACAGUAUUAAUUGAAAAUUGAAAUCAACGCCAUCUGGGUCUGACAUAAGAACUAAUAUCACAAAGUGAACAUCGUGGUUAAUCAACUUUAUAUUUUGUUAAUUAUUGUUAUAAUAAACACAUUGAGACAGCUAAGUGUCUUGUAUAGACAAUUUGUUUCUUUAAAACUAAUUUUGUAAAAGACCUGCGAUAGAUUAGGACAGUGUUAGCAGAAUCUGAUCGUGAGGUAACUAGAUCAAAUGAAUUAAUAUUAUUUUUUAUCAUAGCAAUAUUAUAAAUACGUAGAUAAAUUAAGCUUGUGUAUACCUUUUAUCACAAUGACGUUUAAAAUUGUAAUUUUUCGCACAGUGUGUCGGUUGAGGAAUGUUUAGUUUUUUCACCAUGUUCACAAUUUUAAACGUGAUGGACAGUUAGUAUUAUGAGUAAGUAUAAUAAUAUAUUAGCAUGGCUGCCUACGAGCACGUCUGCAUGCUUCAAUAUUUAUGUUAGAUACAUAUUUUAUGGAAUGCUAUUAGGACUUCGACAGAGUGAACAAACAUUGAUAUAUUAAAACAACAAACAAAAUCAUUUAAACUAACAAUCUUCAUACAAAUAGGAACUCUAUUGUUUGCAACAAAGCAUUGAGUUUUGUCUGUCGAGGUACUAAUUCAUUAGAAACCUACCCACUAUUUAUUGUCAGUUUGCAUCGGCUAUAAGAAUUCAAUAUGAUGGUACAAUUUUUAAUAUUAUGCCCUGUCUUAAAACCGUUUCCCAGCAAAUAGUAGGCAAGGUAUACAAUAGGUAGGGUAACAAAACCACGUGAUAAAUUAUAUCAAUAAAAUGUAAUUAUAUAAAUAAUAUUAUGUAAGAGUAUAUUAAUGUAAAUUAAAAUUUGAUUAGUAUUAGUUCGGUAAGGCUAUUAUAGUAAAUAAAUUUAUUGCUCUAUUUUUGAGAUAACACUUUUUUUUUGUUUGAAUAAGAUAUUAUGUUACCUACUUUAAUAAAGAUGUCAUAUGAGUUUGUGAUGAAAUAAACAUAAAAUUGUUUGGUCAA